AUAUUACCACCAAACGGUGAUAAGCGCGAUUAUCUGAGUUGGGCACCGUAUCACUGGCCAAAUUGUAACUGGUGCUCUGGACCGCGAGAGCAUCUAGCUACAGCAUGGACCACAUGCAAAUAUGUCGUAAAGGAUGGCCACAUCAACCCUGACGUACGAGAAAUUCCGGGCGUGAGCAAUGCGGCUGACGUUGCACAGUCAAUCCUCUACAACGCUGCAGCAGCGGUCCUCUCCGGAUCGGAGGACUUCUCAAAAACGGCAGCGCAAUUCAUACAGGCGUAUUUCCUCGAUGCAAGGGAUGGUAUGCAUCCAAGAGUCGCAUAUGGGCAGGUCAUUCGUGGUCCUGGCACACAGCAGGGGCAGUAUCUCGGACUAAUCGAUUUGCGCGGAAUGGUUAAGGUCGUAAAUGCUGUCCAGAUCAUGCGUGAAGCCAAUGCACCUGCUUGGACAAGUGCGUUGGAUACACAGAUGGUAAACUGGGCGUCUCAAUACGUCAAAUGGAUGCAAUCAGAUCCUCUUGGCCAGAAGGCUCUUUCCGCCCCAAAUAAUCAUGGAUCAUUUGCGACAAAUCAACUUGCAGCGGUAAACAUUCUCGUCCAAGACACGGGCGCAGCCACCGCUGCAUUGAACACGUAUUUCUCGAAUCAGUUCCAAGAUCAGAUUGCAGCCUCGGGUGAACAGCCAUUUGAGGCCGUUCGCACAAGACCUUUCCAUUACAGAUGUUUCAAUCUCGAGGCGAUGAUCACCAAUGCAAAGCUCGGUGAUCAGCUUGGGCUGAACUUCUGGUCAGCUAAAUCGAAGUAUGGGGCGACAAUCAAGGACGCACUUGACUUCGUGAUGGCAAAGGGACCCGGAAACGAGGAUAUAGCAGAUAUUUUCCCGCACAUAGCAGCAGUUGCAGCCGCGUAUGGUGACCCAAAUGGAAAAUACGCAUCAUAUCUCCGGCAAAGGGAUGAGCGAUACCAGGUCUCGCCAUAUUAUUUCUACGAUCAGCCUGGGGCAUUGGUAAAGGCACCUACUUCGACAAAAGACAAGGAAGAGCAGACCAUAGCUGAAGCGGAGGGAAAGCUUGGAGAGCUUGUUGAAAGUCUGAAACCGACACCAACAGACCUUCCCGUUGCGACACCAACGAUCCCUUGGGAAUGUCCGGCGGCGUUCGCAAAGGCGACUCAAGUGGAGCUAGAUGACGGUGUCUAUGUGACUUGUGAUGAGCUGAAGCAUCUCUAUGGAUAUACAGAUGAGGCGAAGAGCGACGUGGAAUCGUGA